AUUUGGGACAUCAGUUGAGUUUCGUUUGUCAGGUUUGCCAGCAGCAUCCUCAGUACUACUAUAACCAUGAAGCUGUACGUUUGCGUUUCACUGGCCCUUUUGGCCAUCGCGGCCCCAGUGCCCUCGAGUGCCUUGUUGGGCGCCAAAUUGGCCCUUCUCAAGGCCAUUGGCGGUGGUCUGGGUGGUGGCAACUCUGGCGGCGGUGGCGGUGGCUACGGCGGCGGCUAUGGCGGUGGCUAUGGCAGCGGUGGAUACUCCGGUGGCUACAACCAGGGAUACUACAGCCAGCCAAGCCGUCCAGUCUACAGUUCUGGAUAUGGCAGCUCCUCAGCCAGCAGCAGCAGCAAUUAUGGAGGCAGCUAUGGCGGUGGUUAUGGCGGUGGCUAUGGCGGUGGUGAACAGGUCAUCAAGGUCAUCAAGGUGGUGGAGCAACCCUCUUACGAUUACGGACGUUCGGCCGGCAACUAUGGUGGCAACUAUGGCGGCUACUCUUCCAGUGCUUCUGCCAGCUCCAGUGCCAGUUCCAGUUCCUACUCUGCUCCUGCUCCCGCUCCUGUGACUUAUUCCGCUCCUGCUCCCGUGACUUACUCUGCUCCCGCUGUGAGCUACUCUGCUCCUGCUCCCGCUCCCGUGACUUACUCUGCUCCUGCCGUGAGCUACUCUGCUCCUGCUCCCGCUCCUGUGACUUACUCUGCUCCCGCAGUGACCUACUCCGCUCCUGCUCCCGCUCCCGUUGUGCGUGUUCAGGCUGCUCCCGCUGUGACCUACUCCGCUCCUGCUCCCGCAGUGACCUACUCCGCUCCUGCUCCCGCUGUGACAUACUCCGCUCCUGCUCCCGCUCCCGUUGUACGUGUUCAGACCGCUCCCGCUGUUACCUAUACCGCCCCGGCACCUGUGGUGCGCUACGCCGCCCCAGCUCCGGCGCCCAUCAGCUAUGCACCCGCACCCGCUCCCGUUUCCUACGCCCCGCAGCCGCAGAGCCAGCAGGUGGUGAAGACCAUCAAGCUGAUUGUGGAUGAGGACCGUGCCCCCGCCCAGGUGUACGGACCACCGGCCGUGGAGUCCAGCUACUCCAGUGCCUCCUCCUCCGCCUCCGCUUCGGCUGGCUCAAGUGGUGGCUACAACUCUGGCUACAAUGGCGACUACAACACUGGCUACCAUGGUGGUUACAACGGUGGCUACAACGGCGGCUACAACUCUGGCUCCAAUGGUGGAUUCUCUGGCGGAUUCAAUGGCGGCUGGAAGCGUGGCGGCAUCUUCGAGAAGCUGGUGGGCUGCUAGGCCAUGGAGUCCUGCAGAUUAAGGAUCUGACAAAUCCGUCCUAACCUAAACCGUACUCAACUAUUUUUUUUUCUAGUUC